AUGGCUGCUACAUCAAACUGGUUGCCCUCCGAACGAACGGCGAUAGAAAUAACGACUCUGUUGCUCGCAAUUUUGUCAAAAUCUGUCCGACGACGAGGAGAGUUCGUCAAAGCAACUGGACCUGUUGCACAUCCGAAUGGGCUCAACAAGUGGGUUGGUGAGCAGAACGUAACUUCACUUGAGAUUGACGAUAUCGCGGUCAGACAGUUCUAUUUUCCUGUCAUUCAGGCCAUUGUUUAUGUUGUGUAG